GUUUGCGGGAAAUACGAAGAUAAAAGAAUUAUUCCAAAAUACCAGCAGUAGUCUGGUCUCGUUUGUAAACACUUCUAGAUCUAGAUCUACAUACAGUAUCAUCAGUAUGAUACAGUACAACAGAUUUACACUCUAGAAUACUCUAUAUCUAGUCUAGAUCUGUACAGAUUAUCAGAGGCUGAGAUUGUUCUAGAUCUAGAGCCUACACAGGACUAGAUCUAUCUAGAUCCAUCUACAUCAACUCAUCAUCUACUAUCUAGCUAGAUUUACUUUUACAGUACAGUAUAAGUAUUUUACAGGGUUACUGAGCCGUGAGGGCGAGGAAAGUCCUAUUGUGUUGCUGUGUAUUAAGUUGGUGCAGGGUUAAGUGCCAUGGAUACCAACCAAGUAUUGGCAUUGCAGAAUGCACUUCCUUCAUCAACAGAUUUAAAAAUGGAAGCACAGAACUUAAAUGUGUACCAUGUAGAAGUUUUACAAAGUCCUUGCAGUACAGUGCGAAGGAUCCAAAUCAAAGAAAAAGUUUUAGAUUUGCUUUAUGCUAAAAAGUCAGCCUUUGGGGAUUUAAUGAUUCAAGAAUUUGAAGAUCCAUUUUUAGCUCAAAAUGUCCAGUAUGUUGCUCUGUAUGAUAUUGAUUUGCCAGGAAUUGAAAAGAAAGUGAUAGAUCUCUGCACAGCUUCCCUCUUUGUACAUAUAUUUCAAUUGAAUACAGAUGGGGCUGGAACUGAGGAGCUAGAUGAAGAGAACUUAUCAGCUGCAAGUCAUUGGCUACUGCCAUCAUUUGACUUUCAUGGACUGUGGGAUACACUUGUCUAUGAUGAUGUAAUCAAAUCAAGGCUGCUGAACUAUGCCAGCACAACUCUCAUGUUCUCAGACAAAGCUGUUGACAGCAAUAUCAUUUCCUGGAACAAGGUAGUUUUACUUCAUGGUCCUCCUGGUACAGGUAAAACAUCUUUGUGUAAAGCUCUAGCCCAGAAACUGAGCAUCCGGUUUUCAGAUCGUUAUACGCAUGGUCAAUUAGUGGAGAUAAAUAGUCACAGUCUUUUCUCAAAAUGGUUUUCUGAGAGUGGUAAAUUGGUUAUGAAGAUGUUUCAGAAGAUACAAGAGUUAAUGGACGAUCCUCACGCAUUAGUCUGUGUCCUAAUUGAUGAGGUGGAAAGUUUGACAGCUGCUAGAAAAAGUUCAAUGAAUGGUGUUGAGCCAUCUGAUGCUAUCAGAGUGGUGAAUGCUCUGCUAACCCAGUUAGAUCAGAUCAAAAAGUACCCUAACGUUUUGAUUCUAACAACUUCUAACAUCACUGGGGCCAUAGACUUGGCUUUUGUUGACAGAGCAGAUAUAAAACAAUAUAUAGGCCCACCUUCAGUACGAGCCAUCUAUACUAUUUAUUUAUCUUGCAUUAAAGAAUUAAUGAAGUGUGGUAUAAUAAGCCCAACUCAGCCACUGAUGGAUAUACGAGGACUUGAAGCUACCAGGUUUAUUGAGAAUGGAGCAACAUAUCACAGUUUGUAUUUAUAUAAAAUAGCCAGUAAGAGUCUUGGACUGAGUGGAAGAUCACUAAGAAAGCUUCCAUUUCUGGCUCAUGCUCUGUAUUUGCAGGGCAGUCCUGUGGCUCUAGAGAGCUAUUUUGAGGCCAUGUCACAGACAGUGGAUAGACAGUUUCAAGAAAAUGAAGAUUUAACAAAAAUAUAGUCUAAUAUUUAAUGUGAUGUUUUAGAAAGUUACCUUAGAAUUAAAAUGUUACACAAUUGUAUAGAAUGAAAAGUGUGUAAAUAUAUUAAUCUUUUAUCAUUUUCAUCUACUCUUGAUACAUAAAGAAAUCAAUGUCUUAAGAGACAAUGAAUGUUAUGUGUGUUGUUUUUUUUAAAACUGUUUUUAAAAUAACUUAUGUUACAAAUUUAAAUGAAGCCUAAUAAAAUGAAUGCAUAGAAAUAAACAUUUUAUUUCUUUAAAUUCACAGAAUGAAAAAAAUCAAAUGAUUUUUCAGUAAAAUACUAACAGCAAAUAUCUACUAAAAUAUAUGACUUGUCAUUUCCUAUUUUUCUUGAUUAAAGCUUUUCACAGACUCAUGGAUUCACAUUUUGUUUGGCAAUUUUAAACUGAUGGCAAAGACAAGUCUUACAUUCACAGUGUUCCCUUAUUUAAAUGUUAAAAAAGUGAGUUCAUUGAAAUCUCUAUAGUAUUUGAUAAUGAAAACUUUGAAAUAUUCAUGCCUUUAAACAAUUUCUGACAAGACCUUUUAAUCAAAUGAACACUAGAUUAUAUCAGUAAAUGUAUUUGUUUAAAAAACAAGUGUACAACAUUUAGCAUAGACUUUCACAGAAUAAUGAGCUGAAUUGUACAAAAAUGAAAUAUGAUGAAUUUACACAUCAAUUGGUUAAAAAAAAAAAAAAGAA